AUGUGGCGCCCUAGGUGGGAUGCCGGCGUCCUGAAGGCAGAGGCCCUGGCCCUCCUUCCCUGCGGCCUGGGCAUGGCCUUCUCCCAGUCCCACGUCAUGGCCGCUCGGCGCCACCAGCACAGCCGGCUUAUCAUCGAGGUGGACGAGUACAGCUCCAACCCCACCCAGGCCUUCACCUUCUACAACAUCAACCAGGGCCGCUUCCAGCCGCCGCACGUGCAGAUGGUGGACCCGGUGCCUCACGACGCCCCCAAACCGCCUGGCUACACCCGCUUUGUCUGCGUCUCCGACACCCACUCGAGGACCGACCCCAUCCAGAUGCCCUAUGGCGAUGUGCUCAUCCACGCAGGUGACUUCACGGAGCUGGGGCUGCCGAGCGAGGUGAAGAAGUUCAACGAGUGGCUUGGCAACCUACCCUACGAGUACAAGAUUGUGAUCGCUGGCAACCACGAGCUGACCUUUGACCAGGAGUUCAUGGCCGACCUCAUCAAGCAGGACUUCUAUUACUUCCCAUCCGUGUCGAAGCUGAAACCUGAGAACUACGAGAACGUGCAGUCACUGCUGACCAACUGUAUCUACCUGCAGGACUCGGAGGUCACCGUGCGCGGCUUCCGGGUCUAUGGCUCCCCAUGGCAGCCCUGGUUUUAUGGCUGGGGCUUUAACCUCCCUCGAGGCCAAGCCCUGCUGGAGAAAUGGAACCUCAUUCCUGAAGGUGUAGACAUCCUGAUAACCCAUGGACCACCGCUGGGCUUCCUGGACUGGGUCCCCAAGAAGAUGCAGCGGGUGGGCUGCGUGGAGCUGCUCAACACGGUGCAGAGGCGCGUCCAGCCACGGCUGCACGUCUUCGGCCAUAUCCACGAAGGGUAUGGUGUCAUGGCCGACGGGACGACUACCUAUGUGAAUGCAUCCGUGUGCACUGUGAACUACCAGCCUGUGAACCCACCCAUAGUUAUCGACCUUCCCACACCCCGGAACUCCUGACUGCUCCCCGUUGCCCAUCCCUGCCUGCCCACGUGUGUCAGCUACAUACACCUGGCCAAGAGCACGGACCCCCACCACCCUUCCUUCCAUGCAGGACAACCCAGAUGACUUGUCUGGCUCUGGGGAUGGGCUGAGGCCUUGGAAUGAAGAGAACCCCUCUGACUCUUCAGGCCCCUGUCCCCUGGGGUCGGGACCCUGCGUGGCCCUGUUAGGGUUCCGCAAGCAUCACGUUUUCUGCGUGUACAUCCUGUGUGUACCUCCUUGAAGGACUAAUCAGCUCAUGGCCCGCCUUGCUUGGGAGGUGAUCAAAUCCUCAUCCUUCCCGGUUGGACACCUUCGUGGUUCAAGAAGUCACUGCCCUUGGGCCACCUGGGACAGGUGUUGGAAGUUCUCGCACAAAACCUCCCUCUAACUGAGGGUCUGUGUGGUUGGGGAGCCCCAGGGGUGGGGGCUUGGUGGGAGGUUUUGUAGCCUGGGCUCAGACAGUCCUCCUUCUCCUCUCAGCCUGCCUUGAGGCUGACCCCUUGGCAGGAGGGGGCGUUCAGGGACAUCUCAGGAAUCCGGGCCU